AAAAAAAGAGAUAACUUUAGCUCCAUUUUUUCACGCAUUGAGGCGCAGUGACUGAUGUGAAUUUACUUCCGGUGAAGUGAAGACCCGUUGUUCACUUGUUCCCUACACCGUUUACAGUUCCCUUUGAGCUGAGCAGUUCCGCUCUCAGCGGUUUGGAAUCGCACUUAACAUGACUGAUCACUUCUUAGGGAACUACAAGCUGAUCGAAACACAGCCACAGAAAUAGCUAACUCUCCUCCGGCUGUUUUGAUACCAUGAUGGAAGAUGAAGAAUUAGAGCUUGUGGAGGAUUUGGACGCGAUAUUACUCCUUACCCCUGAAGUGCAGCUGGCAAUCGAACAGGUGUUUCCCAGCCAGGACCCACUCGAUCGAGCGGAUUUCAAUGCAGUUGAAUACAUCAAUACUUUGUUCCCCACUGAGCAGUCACUAGCGAAUAUCGAUGAAGUGGUGAACAAGAUUCGACUGAAAAUCAGGCGGCUAGAUGACAACAUCAGGACAGUGGUGAGGGGACAAACUAACGUAGGACAGGAUGGCAGGCAGGCUCUGGAGGAAGCUCAGAUAGCCAUCCAGCAACUGUUUGGCAAAAUCAAAGACAUCAAGGAUAAAGCGGAGAAAUCUGAGCAAAUGGUAAAAGAGAUCACCCGGGACAUCAAGCAGCUGGACCAUGCAAAGCGUAACCUAACCACAUCCAUUACUACCCUUAAUCACCUGCACAUGCUAGCAGGCGGAGUGGACUCUCUGGAGGCAAUGACACGCAAGAGGCAGUAUGGGGAGGUGGCCAACUUGCUCCAGGGGGUGGUCAACGUACUGGAGCACUUUCAAAAAUAUAUGGGCAUCCCUCAGAUUCGACAGUUGUCUGAAAGAGUGAAAGCAGCACAAAGUGAACUAGGCACACAGAUCCUAGCUGAUUUUGAUGAGGCUUUUCCUGCACAGGGCUCAAAGAGGCCUGGAGGCCCCAGCAUUGUGCUAAGGGAUGCCUGUUUGGUGGCCAGUGUUCUGGAUCCUCGCAUUAAGCAGGAAAUAAUCAAGAAGUUUAUUAGGCAGCAUCUCUCUGAGUAUCUUGUGCUCUUUCAAGAGAACCAGGAUGUGGCAUGGUUGGACAAGAUUGACCGGCGCUAUGCAUGGAUAAAGCGUCAGCUAGUGGACUAUGAGGAGAAGUACGGCCGCAUGUUUCCCGAAGAGUGGUGCAUGACCGAGCGGAUUGCUGUGGAAUUCUGCCACAUCACCAGGACUGAGUUGGCCAAGCUGAUGAGAGCUCGUGCCAGGGAAAUUGAGGUCAAGCUCUUGCUCUUUGCUAUUCAGAGGACCACCAAUUUCGAGGGGCUGCUGGCUAAGCGCUUCUCAGGCAGCACCUUGAGCGACAGCCCAGGGAAGAGACCUGAAACUCCCUUGGAGCCCACUAACCCUUUUCUGGAGGAUGAGUCAGGAGAGGACAAUGUUUCUGAGAAAGACGAUGAUCUGGUCAAGCCAAAGAAGCCUAAGACCCCAGAGAACCCUUUCCAUGGCAUUGUUUCCAAAUGCUUUGAGCCUCAUCUCUAUGUCUACAUAGAAUCACAGGACAAGAACCUUGGGGAGCUGAUUGACCGCUUUGUGGCAGAUUUUCGAGCCCAGGGUCCCCCUAAGUCAGGCACAGAAGAAGGGGGAGCUGUGUUGCCCAGUUGUGCAGAUCUUUUUGUAUACUAUAAAAAGUGCAUGGUGCAGUGCUCUCAGCUGAGCACAGGAGAACCCAUGAUUGCCCUCACUACCAUCUUCCAAAAGUACCUGCGAGAGUAUGCCUGGAAGAUCCUGUCUGGGAACCUGCCCAAAACAAGUAGUAACAGUGGAGGUCUGACCAUUAGCAGUCUGUUAAAGGAGAAAGAGGGGUCAGAGGUGGCCAAAUUUACCACAGAAGAACUUUGCCUAAUUUGCAGUAUCCUAAGCACAGCUGAAUACUGCCUUGCUACCACACAGCAGCUAGAGGAGAAGCUAAAGGAGAAAGUAGACAAGUCGCUCAUGGAGAGGAUCAAUCUAACAGGGGAGAUGGACACCUUUAGCACUGUGAUCUCCAACAGCAUCCAGCUUUUGGUUCAGGACCUGGAUGCUGCAUGUGACCCAGCCCUUACAGCUAUGAGCAAGAUGCCAUGGCAAAGUGUUGAGCAUGUUGGUGACCAAAGCCCCUACGUCACGUCUGUCAUCAUGCAUAUCAAACAGAAUGUACCAAUUAUUAGAGACAACCUGGCUGCCACUCGCAAAUACUUCACCCAGUUCUGCAUCAAGUUUAUUAACUCAUUUAUUCCAAAGUUCAUAAACCACCUGUUCCGGUGUAAACCCAUCAGCAUGGUUGGAGCUGAGCAGCUUUUAUUGGACACACACUCUCUGAAGACAGUUUUGUUAGAUCUCCCAUCCAUUGGCUCUCAAGUCCUUCGCAAAGCUCCAGCGAGUUACACAAAAAUAGUGGUCAAAGGGAUGACUCGGGCAGAGAUGAUACUAAAGGUGGUUAUGGCUCCUCAUGAGCCAUCGGUGAUCUUUGUGGAUAAUUAUAUCAAGCUUCUUGCUGAUGGGAACCCAGAGACUUUCCAGAAAAUUCUAGACAUGAAGGGACUGAAGCGCAGUGAGCAGAGCAGUAUGCUGGAGCUCUUUAGACAGAGGUUGCCCACUCCUCCUUCAGGGCCAGAGACGGGGCCUACCAUGUCUUUCAGUGCCCCAACCCCUGAGCAGGAGUCCUCCCGCAUCCGUAAAUUGGAGAAGCUAAUCAAAAAGCGAAUUCAGUGACAUUUUCUUCAUAAUUGUAAUUCACAGGACUUGUUAAAGCUAUAUUUAAUUAUGGCUUUAUUGCAAUGCAAUUUAUAAUAUUGCAAUUUAUUGCAUUCAAAGAUCAAAGUGGCAUUAUUUAAACGGGUAAAAGAGAACAAUUCCAUAUUCAUACGAAUCGGGUGUCUUGCAUUGAAAACCUUCAAAUUAAUUAAGCUUUUAUACUAUUAAUUAAUGUAAACCACAUGAAUUAAAAGUUGUUGUCAAACUUUCUAGAACAUUGAUGGCAUGUAUUGCACCCUUUUGUCAAUGUUUUUUCUUUUUUUUUUUCUUUUAUAACACUAAUUUGCAGGCUUUCCAUAGUGGUAGAGUCAUUUACUCUGCACAUUUCUGUAUUUCUUCCGGCAUGUGAGUCUGUACAUCAGAAUGAUUUAACGGCAGUGUUUUCUCUAAAAGUCCCCUACACCCUCACCAUUACAGUAAAUGGCUAUGAGGCAGUUUGUGAAUGAUGUGUUUUUGGGGACUCUGCGUGUAAAUUAUCUUCAUCUGUAAUUUUGGCUUCAGUUUUAGGAGUAGAGCCCUAGGCAUGCUGAGCUGCAGAGAAACUAGGGAUUUCUUGUCUCUCAACAGGACACGAGUUGCCUUUUUCCCCCUUGGAAUGAACAAAACUGUAAAAGAGGUUUAAAAAAAUUCAAAUGUCUUGUCUCAUGGGUCAUGUAGUAUACUGUAGAGUCAUGUCUUGUACAUUAUAUUUGACGUUUAAAAAUCAAGGGUGAAUUUUUUUUUUUUUUUUCUGUCCAUACAUGCCUGUUAAAUGUGAGUUUAAUUUUUUUUUGCUGUGUGCUUGGCUCGCUCUCUGUCUCUAUCGCUGAUAUACUUUUUACCCUGACUACUGCUCCUAAUUAUGCGAUUAUUAUAACGUCUAAACAAGUAUUCUUGGAAUGAAGUGUAAGGUAUCUUAAUGUGUACUAACAAUGUAAAUGUUGUAAACACACUAUUCUGAAAAUAGUAAAAUACUAUAUUACUGCAUGUACGCUACUGUAUGUGGACACAUGACCAUCACACCAAUAUGUGUGCCUAUCCCAAAAUGUUUCCACAAAGUUGGAAGCAUUGAUUGAAUUGUCAAAACUGUCUUUGUAUGCUGUACAAUAAAAAAAAAAAAAAAGAAA